AUGGUAGACGUUGAUACAAGUUCAAAUCCUGAGUGGGCUUCGAUAAUAAAGGAGUUAAAUAUAACUAAAACAGUUAACGAACUAGAAAAAAUGGACAUUGUUGGUAAAUAUCUAGAUUCGGUUGAUAAAUGGGAGACGUUCUAUGAAAUAUAUGCAAAGUGGAUGGGGUUUGGCAAAAGGUCAGAUGACGUGAAGAGAAGAAAUGGGGUAGUAUCAAUGAGAACGUGGGUUUGUACAAGAGAAGGUUAUAGACGGAGUGAAUAUGUGGAUAUGCCCAAUCGCAAAAAACGAUCAAGACCAAUCACAAGAUCUGGAUGUCAGGCAGCUCUCAGAGUGGUUCACAUGAAAGAUAACGACUUAUGGAUGGUAAAAGAAUUCAGCCACGAACAUAAUCAUGAAAUAGUAUCGGUUCCUGAGUUGCAAUUCCUCAAGAAUAAUCAUGUGGUGUCUGAUGGUUUGCUUGCACAAGUUCGUUCAAUGAACUCAGUCGGGAUAAAAACUUCUCAGAUUAUGUCCCAUAUUGCUAUGCAGUCGGGAGGUUAUGAGAGAAUGCCAUGUCAAGUCAGAGAUGUGUACAAUAGAGUAGCAGGAGCAAUUAGGGAAGAAAAACUAGAAACUAAUGCGGAAGGUGCAUUAGGAUUCUUGGAUUUUCUUUCUGUGCGAGAUCCAAACUUUUUUGUGUACCACCAAGCUGACACAGAAAACAGACUCGCCAACGUAUUCUGGGCUGACGGGACUGCAAGAAUUGACUACCGGGCAUUCGGGGAUGUGAUAGCAUUUGACACAACGUACAUGACCAACACGUACAACAAGCCAUUGUGCAUUUUGAUGGGUGUCAACCACCAUUUCUCAACUUUCGUGGUCACUGACGGGGAUAAUGCAAUGCGUGAGGCAAUAAAAGAAAUACUUCCAGAAUCCACACAUCGAUUAUGUGCUUGGCAUCUAAGCACAAAUGCAUCUAGGGCUGGUAAUGAUCCUAGAUUCACGAAAGCAUUCAAUAAUUUGAUGAACUCAUACUACAACGAGGAGGUGUUUGAGAACAAAUGGAAAGAGUUGAUGGAGACAUAUCAAAUGGAAGAAAACGAAUGGUGCCAACUCCAAUGCAAAAGAAAGCGAAUGUGGGCAGAAACCUACCUCCAUGGGCAUUUUGUUGUUGGAAUGAGAACAACACAGCGCUGCGAGUCAAUGAAUUUCUGCCUAAAAAAAUUCCUUUUGAAGAGAUACACCCUACGUGAGUUUGUUACAGCCAUUGACAUCGCGGUGACAAAAAUAAGGCACAUCGAAAGAGAAAAUGAAUUUACAACGAAGCACACGCUCCCCAAUCUCCCAUCCUCAGAUGCUCUUAGUAUUUAUUAUGAUCAGUGUGCGAAAUUCUACACCUGGGAAAUGUACUACAAAGUGGAAUCGGAAAUCAAAAGAGAAAAUGCGUAUUUCAUCAGCAGCUAUGAAGAUCAUGCAAAUCACACUAUCUUCAAUGUUGGAAAUUUUCGAGAUGGUCAAACGAGAUAUAAGGUCACUCGUACUCUUGGAACAAACCAUUUCGAAUGCAAUUUCUUAUUCUAUGAGACCAACGAUUACCCAUGCAGACAUAUUUGGGCAAUGAUGAAGUCAUGUUGCGUAAGAAUAAUCCCAAAUUCACUACUCCUCAAACGAUGGAGCUUGCAUGCAAAAUCCCAUCCAGAAAACAUGGAGAUAAGCCAACCUAUUCAAGAAGAGUCUGUGCAUUGCGAAAUGUCAAGAUUCGGUGCACUUAAUUCAGAUGCUACCAUGAUGAACUUCUACGCGUCUAAGUCACCACAAUAUUUUAACACAGCAAAGGAGGAAAUUUCUCGUCUCACUGCCAUUUUCAAGGAAGGUAUGGACAUCCAAGGAGUGUCACAGGGCACAUCCACGAGGAGAUCGUACCGAGAAAAUCCAAACAUAAUGCAAGAACCAGUUAGAGUCAGAACAAAAGGUCAAGGAAAUCCAGGGCAAUGA